CGCCGCCUGUCCGUCAGGCUGGGAAUUUCCCGGGGGCGGAACCAGCCCCGGUGCUGGUGGCGGAGCGGAGGGACCCGGACCGAGACCCCGACCCCGAUCCCGGCCCCGAUCCCGACCCCGAUCCUAGCGGCGGCCCCGCCGUGGGGCGCACGGCAGGGAUGCCUGGCUGGGAGGUAGGCGACUGAACAGCAGGCAUGGAAGGGAGAGGACCCUAUCAUAUCUAUGACCCUGGUGGGGGCUCAGAGGAGAAUGGAUGCACGGCCUUGGAGCGGCUGGUGGAGGAGAACGCCCGGCUGAAGGAGAAGAUGCAAGGGAUCAAGUCUAUCGGAGAGCUUCUGGAGGAGUCCCAUGUGGAGGCAUCCAAGCUGCGGCAGAAGGCAGAGGAUCUUGUGAAGGACAACAAAAUGUUGAUUGGAUCACCUUCCUUGGAGGAGUUGGUGGAAACCGGAGCCGUCGGCCCUGAUCCCAGCUUUGCACGGGCAGCCCCGGGCAGUGCCCAGCCAGACGUGGAAGCACGGAAAUCACCUCCGAGCGGAUCCUCCUCAGAGUUUGAGGUCGUUGCCAUCGAAGCGCAGGGGUUUCCCCAGGAGAGCAGGAGAGUGGACUUGGAGCAGCCGCCGACCGAGGAUGCCAACCUGCUGCCCCAGCUGCAGCAGCUGGAGAACACGCUGAGUGGCUGUGCCAAGGAGGCCAGCAAGGACCAGGUCUUUGUGCGCAUGGGCUACAUGGCCUCCGAGCUCAAGCGCUUGGCCUCCAAGGUGCACAAGAACGAGCAGAGAACGUCGUUCCUGCAGACGCUGUGUGAGACACUGCACAGUGAGAACAAGGAGCUGCGCACCAAGCUGGAGCAUGACCUGGAGCAGAGAAACCAGGCUCUGGAGAAGCUCAGGUGUGAGAACCAGGAGCUCCGGAGGAUGGUGACACUGAGCAGCCAGGACAGUGGGAAGAGGGAAGCUGCCGAACAGCAGAGCGGGGCCAUGGUGGAGAAGGCGCCGGGCAGAGAAGAGCUGGAAGCCAAGGAAAAGAAGGUGAAGAUCCUGGAGCACCAGCGCAGGGAGCUGCUGGAGGUGAAUAAACAAUGGGAUCAGCAUUUCCGCUCCAUGAAGCAGAAGUACGAGCAGAAGGUCACGGACCUACACCAGGAGCUGGCUGAGGCCCGCAGGGCAGUGACCGAGCUGGAGUCAGAGCGGGAGCAAAAGCAACGCGAUUUUGACCGCAAGCUGCUCCUGGCCAAGUCCCGGAUAGAAACAGAGGAGGCAGAGAAGGAGAGGCUGGCCAUGGAGGUGAGGGACCUGCAGCAGAGGAUGCGGUUCCUGCAGGAGCAGCUGGCUCCGGUCACCAGGCAGCGGGAAUACCAGGAAAAGGAGAUCCAGAGGCUGAACAAGGCACUAGAAGAGGCCCUGAACGUCCAAGCCUCUUCACCACCCAUCUUUGCCAUGGAGCCGGCAGGGAAGCUGCCACAGCAAGAGCUGCUGACCCAGAAUGAGCUACUCAAGCAGCAGGUGAAAAUUUUCGAGGAAGAUUUCCAGCGGGAACGGAGUGACAGGGAGAGGAUGAAUGAGGAGAAGGAAGAGCUGAAGCAGCAGCUGGAAAAGCUGCAGAAGCAGUUGGUCCUCUCCAACAACCAGCUGCGAGCCUCCAAGGAUGACUGCCAGAGGGAGAAGGAGGAGAAGGAGAAGCUGAAGAAGCUGCUGAAACAACAUAAGCAGGCUUCUGGGGAGAGGCUGCACCCUGAGCCAGGGCCGGGGCCGCUGGGCCCAGCCUGCCCCAUGUACCAGUACCAGUACAGUCCCCCCAUGGCUCACCCCGUGUACCACGGCUACGACGAGUGGCAGCAGAUCCGAUACCCGCCAGCCAUGCCGGGCGAGCACACUCAAGGACAGAACUUCCACCAUUUCCCCCCGUCCGAGUACCCCUGGCGCCCGCCCUGUGCCAUGGCUCACAGCCAGAACACCCAGGCAGUGGCUGGGGUGAAACCAGUCCCCAAGGACUUGGAACAGGCAGGUCCCGGAUUGCCCUAAUGCCAAGGACCGGCCACGCUCCGACACCAGUGGAAGAGAAGUAGGGUGUGUGUGUGUGCCCGUGUGUGUGUGUCCAGGAGCUGCUCCGGCUGCCGAUGCCUGUGCAAGGACGUGUGCUGCACGUGGGGGCUCAGCAGCGCCUUCCCCCAGAGAAACCAUGAAGGAGGGACUAAAGGUGCCAUCGUGGUGGCAGCCAGCAUGGGGUCAGUCCCCUACGGCCAUCCCCUUCCCCACGAGAAGCCAGGCCUGGCAUGGCAUCACUGUAGACCUGAGCCAGGUCUUCAGGGAAGAGGAGCCGGUGUUUCCCAGGAGCUGUCCCAAUCCAGAGCCCCUGGAGGAGCGGGGAACAGCGGGGACUCUCCCAGUGGUGGGAGACCCCACACUCGCAGGCAGGUGCUGGCCGCAGCCAUGGCCCAGCCUGAGGGUGGUUGGUGUCUUUGUAUUUAUUUAAGGACUGAAGUGUG